GCGAAGGGGGUUAGUAGUCAAGCUGAAGCAGCCGUGCUUCAAAGCAGGCUUGCAGAACCGCUGUGGACAUCACUUUUUUGGGACCAAGAGUAACUGGCCGUCUUUUCAUCGUUGAUCUUCAUUCUUCACUGUCGCAUAUGGGCAUGUCGUAUUGGCGCUCAUAUACGACGCUCACCGACUCUUCCUUCGACUGCCUGUCCACGCACAUUUGCCCGAGCACAAGGCGUGCAUUUGGCUUGGAUUAGGCGCACUGCGCAGCUUUCCACGAUCCAUGCUGUCGACCAACGACGAGUUUCGAACUGCGAGUCUCGCCUACGUCGCCUAUCACUGCCAACAUAGACAACCUCGAUUGCUCCGCACCUCGACGGAGAGUGACGCUUCGAAUGCAGCCUUGGGCUCUCAUGUCUACAGCCAUGGGUGGAAUUGGACGGAAUAUGCGCAUCCGUAUGCCAUGCCGGUGGGCUACCUGCAUCGCGAAUGCCAACUGAACGCGCCUAUUUUACUUUCGCCCGACGAGGACGAGAAAACGCCGGAUGAUGACGAGGAAGACAUGAGCCAUUCUGAGAGUGACGAACCCUGGCAGGAUCAAGUGCAAGCAGCAGACCCUUCCACCGCGUCAAGCGGCGCCGCGGCAUCAUCAGGGAAUCCAUAUCUCAUGCAGCAGUCUAUAUGCUGGUCAACCACCUGGAAAGUGCCCGGCUUUUACUUCAAUGUUUUGCACGGAGGACGAGUGCUCGGUCUCGAGGAAGUUGUCCGGUCGCCGUUCAUCCUCAAUACCUACCUGGAAGGCCUUGAUGUUGAAGUAUCUGCAGCGCCAGACAUGGCCGCAUUCCCACAGCUCAGCCAGGGUGAGCAUCCUGUAACAGGAUUACCAUGCUUCUACCUUCACCCGUGCGAGACUGCGGCACGCUUGCAAGAGCUAGAAGCGAGCCACGCUUUCAAGCAAGCUCGGCCCAAAGAUGGUACGGACAGACAGACGCAACAUGAGCGACAAAAACUGGAAGCAUUCAUUACAAUUGUCAGCGGCGCAAUAGAUAUGCGAGCGCCUGCUAUCAGUGUAACAGCAAUAAUAUGAAGAAACAGCAGAAAUAAAGAAAGAGCAGCAAU